GGACUCCCAGAGCGGCACAGAGUAUUAUAAGACAGGAAAGCCUGUCGGCGAGGGAAGUGACGUGUGUUUGGCUGUCGGCUUUCUUCCCUUAGGUGUAUGCUGCCGGUUGGUGGUGGUCAUGGCGUUGGAAACGGUGCCUAAGGAUCUGCGGCACUUGAGGGCUUGCUUGCUGUGCUCGUUGGUCAAGACUAUUGACCAGUUUGAGUUUGAUGGUUGUGACAACUGUGACUCCUAUCUCCAAAUGAAGGGGAACCGUGAGAUGGUUUAUGACUGUACCAGUUCUUCUUUUGAUGGCAUUAUUGCAAUGAUGAGUCCUGAGGACAGUUGGGUCUCCAAAUGGCAACGGAUCAGUAAUUUCAAGCCAGGUGUCUAUGCUGUGUCAGUGACUGGCCGUCUGCCCCAAGGCAUUGUACGGGAGUUGAAGAGCCGUGGAGUGGUCUACAAAUCUCGGGAUACAGCCAUAAAGACCUAAGAAUACCUUGUUUCUCAAAUAUGUCUUUCCAGCUUCCUUUUUUUGUAAAUGCUGCCAUAUGGACUAUUCUAAAGAUAUGGAGGAUGAUCUCUACAUGGAUCGGGUUUUUAUUAAGGACUUUUAAUGGGCUGCCUACUAGUGGUUCCAUUUUUCUGGCUUUGAGGUCGAUAUGAAGGGGGGGUUUCUUGAAAGACUUAAGGACAGAGGUACCAGUAAUUCCCAAGUGUUUCUGAUUUCUCUUAGCUGUUUUUAAUAAAUUUGGUCAUAGCAUCAGAAAUCUGCGCUCUGGCUUUUGCUGUUACAAUUUUUUGUCUUCCUGUAAUAGAUGAGGUUUUUCUAGCCUGCCUGGUCUCAAUUUGUAGGAUUUUCUCUGAGAGGAGUAUUACAUAUUCCAUGAAAGACAGAAAUAAGAUUUUCUCUAUCUUUCAUGAAAUAUGUAAUAUUAUUUUGGAUUCAAGACUUCCAUGUUAGUUAAAUCUUUAAACAAUCUUUUCCUCACUUGGCCGUAUUUUUGCAUAAGGGAGCUUUUUGCACAAGGACAUUUCUGAAUCAACUCAUUUUUUUUAAUAUGCACUGAACUGUAAAUUAAUCAAAUGGCUUGGGUUCAGUCAACAUACUAAGACAUUAAAAGAUUGGUCUAUCCAUACCCUGUAAGAGCAACUAAGAGUGUAAUAGACCUGUGUAAACACAGCAAAAAUUGGUCAGAUUCAGGAUCAGCCCCCAAUUCACUGGGAUCUUGGCAUACCAAACCUCUUUCCCCUUCAAUUAUUGCUGGGACAAUUAUGUCAGGAGAGCUGCUGAUGGGGAUCAUCUGUCCAUAUGAUGAUCCUGGUUAGGGUUAUAUGUGCAUCUUUCCCUACUCCUAGCAUCCCACUGUGUAUCAUCAAUUUUCGGUUGCUCUGAGCAGCACAGGACACCAGUAGUUUCAGCAGGGGACCAGCAGAGAUCAAAUUGCAGGUUGUCUGCUGCCAUUUGUGUGGCAUGAAUGAUGAUCAUUUGCAGGGGACGUCAUGGGGACAGGAGGAGGAAGAAGUAUUAGGUAUGUUCACCACCUUGUAUUACUUAUAAAACCUAGUAAAUAAAUUGAUGGAUAAUACAAGAAGGUAAUAUUUUCCAUGAUGGGCCACUGCACUAGGGGUGAGGGUUAUGGGUUACAGGUUGCUUGCCUAUGUCUUAAAACAUGGGUGUAAAAUGGUCGUGUUGGUGCUACACACAGUCUCUGAAAGCUGUAAGUAUGACUCCAGAGUCCUACGUUGCUAUUGAACUGUCAUGUUUGGUGUGAAAGAAGGAAAGAAGUAAAUACAUUGGGAACAAUAAUAUUAAUGGCAAUGUAAUUUGCAUUACAUGAAAUUAAAAAUAUUUUUUUUGCCCUUCA